CUCACUUUUCCUUUCCCCGUCUUCCCCUCAUUACUACAAGAUGCAACGCGUGCUUUUCGCUUCGGCACUCGCGGUCUCGGCCGCUGGCUUGGCCAUUUCCGAGGACGAGCGGGUGUCCCUGACGGCCGACCUCGACGCGUGGCGCGCCAAGUUUGGUGGCGACGCUAGCCUCCUGCCCCAGGUGUUCAGCAUCAACAGCGAAGAGGACGCCAGCGAUGCCCUUCUCGCGCGCCUCCACUCGGCCAAGGAGCGCGUCGAGGUGCUCCAGGCCGCCAACCCGAACGCGAGCUUUACGCAUGUCGGGCCGUUCGCGCUCUUGAGCCACGAAGAGUUCCAGCGGCGCCUCGGCCGGUCGUUCGGCAAGGCUCGACCCGAACGCGCACUCCGGGUCGAGAGCGUCGACUACGCGGCGCUCGAGGCCGUCGUGGCUGCCGGCUCGGUCGACUGGACGACCUCCACGUGCGUCAACGCGGUCAAGAACCAGGGCAACUGUGGCAGCUGCUGGAGCUUCUCGGCCACGGGCGCGGCCGAGUCGGCGCACUGCAUUGCGACUGGGAAGCUCCUCAACCUCUCCGAGCAGCAACUCGUGAGCUGCGACAAGGUCGACGGUCAGCUAGGCUGCGACGGCGGCUACGAGGACAAGGCCAUCAACUACAUUGCGUCGCGCGGUCAAUGCCUCACCAAGGACUACCCGUACACGUCUGGCUCGUCCGGCGCCAACGGCACGUGCAAGAAGACGUGCGUGGCCCAGAAGCUCUCGAUCGGCGCUGCAGUCGAGAUUGUCGGCGAGGGCCCGCUCACGACCGCGCUCAACACGCAGCCCGUGACGGUCGCCGUCGAGGCCGGCAACGACGUGUGGCAGUACUACAGCGGCGGCGUCGUGACGGCGUGUCCCGGCGCGCAGUCGGACCACGCAGUCAUCGCCGUCGGCUACGGCACUACGUCCAGCGGCACCAACUACUUCAAGGUGCGCAACUCGUGGGGCGCGUCGUGGGGCGAGGCUGGCUACAUCCGCCUCCAGCGCGGCGUUGGUGGCAAGGGCAUGUGCAACGUCGCCGAAAUGCCCGCGUACCCCAAGAUCGUCAAGGCGUAAGCCAGACCUUUCCUUCCGUCCUUGUAUGGACAUUCGAUGUGUGCUCUCGUCCAUGAACCACCCAAAGAUUUAAAG